UGAGGGUGGACAUGUUUUCGGUUGGCAAAAUUGCGUUCGAGAGUUGUGUUCGAGUGUUUGUGAUCGUGACUAGAGAUGAUUGUUGCUUAAAAUCAUCCUUAUCCGCGGGUUCAGAGCGAGCGGGCGAGUUUUCUUCCGCGGUUCCCAGUGUAAAAGUGCCAGGUGUAUGUAGUGGUAUGUUCGAUUCGUCGCCUCCCUUGGCGUGUCGGUAUUUCCCCAUGAGAUUCCGGAAGCUACAGGACAACAGCAACACAGUAAUCGCAGUACAGGAGGCCAUCAACGUAGGCUUGGGGAGUGAUUUGAACCCCGCUUAUGUUCGCAAAAGACACAAAAGCCAGAUACCCGUCCGGUGGAGAUCCGAGGUAGAACACAAUCGUGGUUGGUUGCAGAGGACGGGAAUUUCGAUGAGGACGCGGGGUAUCGUGGAGUACAGGAAGCAAUUAGACAGCGUGCUUAGCAGUGAUUGUUGCGCAAACAAAAGCGUCGAUCGUAUGAAGUCGACUGCAGGUCCAAGAUAAAACGUUACUGGCGCUAAAUCGCACUGGUUUUGCUCUGGAAGUUAAAGAGUUUAUCGCGACAAACAAAGAACUCGUUAGUACGCGAUGGCACCAGAAACCGAUAGUAUCCGCUCGUGUUAGCAUGGACAAUUCUGGAGAACCACUCCAGAUCGGUCGCUUUAAACAAUUGAGCCCACGACGAGGGCGAGUAAAUUGCAGCAGAGAAGCCUGCAUCGGAAUUGAGAGAAGGUGAAGGGUGGCGCUCACUGAUGCCCCAUCCCGAUGCCUCCCUCUUCCCUGA